AUGGGCAGAUACGUCAGUACUAAUGAAGCACUGUGGCGAUUAUUGUCAUUUCAAAUUCAUGAAAGAUAUCCCACAGUUGUACAUUUAGCAGUGCAUUUGGAAAAUGGCCAAAGAGUUUACUUCACUGAGGCUAAUGCGGCACAACGAGCUGAGAGACCACCAUCGACAACAUUGACUAGCUUCUUUGCAAUGUGUGAAGCACAUCCAUUCGCAGCGACGCUGAUGUACGUUGAAAUGCCCAAGUAUUACACUUGGAAUCAAUCAACAAAGAAAUUCCAACGUCGCAAACAAGGAACCCCAGUUCCAGACUGGCCACAGGUGUUUUCAACUGAUGCACUAGGUCGUAUGUACACUGUUCAUCCUAGAAACGAUGAAUGUUUUUAUUUGCGACUGCUGUUAGUAAAUGUACGUGGACCGAAAUCAUUUGCGCAUUUGAAAACUGUGAAUGGCCACCAAUGCCAAACAUAUCGAGAAGCAUGUCAACUAUUGGGUUUGCUGGAGAACGAUUCUCAUUGGGAUUUAACACUUGCAGAUUCAGUUGUUUCAUCAAAUGCGUACCAAAUACGAACGCUGUUCGCAAUUAUCAUCACCACAUGUUUUCCUUCACAACCAAUUCAGUUAUGGAACAAAUACAAAGACGCCAUAUGUGAAGAUAUCUUGCAUCGCUUGCGUAUUCAAACGAAUAAUCCUGACAUCCAAAUAACCGAAGAAAUCUACAAUGAAGGAUUGAUUCUGAUUGAGGAUCAAUGCUUGACUAUUGCAAACAAGCUACUGAUUGAAGUAGGAAUGAUUGCGCCAAAUCGAUCGAUGCACGAUGCAUUCAACCAAGAAUUAAAUCGAGAGCUGCAAUACAAUGUUGAUACAUUGCAGGAAUUCGUUAGAAAUAAUGUUCCGUUGCUGAAUGAACAGCAAAAACAAGUAUACAAAACAUUAAUGCAAGCGGUGGACAAUAAUACUGGUGGUCUAUUCUUCCUGGAUGCACCUGGAGGAACAGGGAAAACAUUUGUCAUUUCAUUGAUUUUGGCCACUAUUCGAUCAAGAUGUGACAUAGCUUUGGCGUUAGCAUCAUCUGGAAUUGCGGCGACUCUUCUAGAUGGCGGUCGUACUGCACAUUCUGCGCUUAAGUUGCCACUCAAUUUAAACACAAUUGAUACUCCAACGUGCAAUAUUUCCCGAUCCAGUGCAAUGGGAAAAUUGUUAAUGCAAUGCAAGCUCAUUGUUUGGGAUGAGUGCACAAUGGCACAUAAGAAAUCACUUGAAGCACUUAACUUCACACUGAAGGAUCUUCGGAGAAAUAACAACAUCUUUGGCGGCUUGAUGAUAUUGUUGGCAGGCGAUUUCAGGCAGACGUUGCCAGUAGUUCCCCGUGGAACGCCUGCAGAUGAAUUGAAUGCUUGCCUAAAGGCAUCACCUUUAUGGAAUAACGUAAAAACAUUAUCGCUAACCACUAAUAUGAGAGUUCAACUUCAAAAUGAUCAAAGUGCUGCACAAUUUUCCAAACAAUUGUUAGAUCUUGGAAAUGGAAAAGUCCCAGUUGAUGCGACAUCUGGAUUAAUUACUCUUACCAACGACUUUUGCCGAUUUGUAGACACUCAAUUAGUUCUUAUUGAAAAUGUUUUCCCAAACAUUAGUGAGAAUUAUAAGAAUUAUGCUUGGUUAAGUCAACGAGCAAUUCUUGCAGCAAAGAAUAAUGAUGUCCACGCACUGAAUUUCACCAUUCAAUCAAAAAUUGCUGGCGAUUUGGUGACAUACAAAUCCGUUGAUUCAAUAACAAAUCCCGAUGAUGUAGUAAAUUAUCCAACGGAGUUUUUGAACUCUCUGGAGAUACCAGGAUUUCCACCACAUAACUUGCAACUGAAAGUUGGUACAGUUAUUUUGAUACUGCGUAAUUUGAAUCCACCGCGACUUUGCAACGGUACUCGACUUUCGGUAAAGAGACUUAUGCCGAAUUUAAUUGAGGCAAACAUUAUUAACGGAAAGUACGCAGGUGAAAAUGUAUGUAUUCCUCGAAUACCAAUGAUUCCGACUGAUCUUCCGUUUGACUUCAAACGAUUGCAAUUCCCAGUUCGCCUUGCGUUCGCAAUGACAAUUAAUAAGUCGCAAGGCCAAUCGCUUAGUGUUUGCGGGAUAAAUUUGGAAAAUCAUUGUUUUUCACAUGGACAGUUAUACGUUGCGUGUUCACGAGUUGGGAAACCAUCCGCUUUGUUUGUGUUAACGUCAGACCAAAAACCAAAAAAUGUGGUUUACCAAAGAGCACUACAAUGA